AUGGCGCCAAUCUCGAACCAGUCCUUCAUCUACAAGAAGAUCCCGGACAUAUACCUGGUUCCGGGAGAGCAUCUUGUUGUCGAAGACCGACCGCUGGACCUCGAGACGGCCCCGCUCGAUGGCGGGAUCCUCAUCAAGGUGUUCUACGCAUCUUUCGACCCUUACAUACGCGACCGGACCCGCGAGCCUUCUCAGGAUGACUUCAUACCGCCCCUCAUAGUCGACAGUCCCGUGGAAAGCGCCGUCAUAGGGCGUGUCCUCCGGUCCGAGACGUCAAAAUACCAGCCAGAUGACUUGGUCAUGGCCUUUGCCAGUCCCAUUGCAGAAUAUGCCGUCAUCAAGGGUGGCCUGCUUGAGCUGGCUGGGGUCUGGAAGGUUGAGAACCCGUACGGGCUGGAUAUCUCGUACUUCCUAGGCGUUUUGGGUAUGCCCGGUGCAACUGCAUAUGAAGGACUGUAUCGUAUCGGGCAGCCAAAGAAAGGUGAGACUAUUCUUGUCAGCGCGGCCGCCGGACCUGUCGGACAGCUGGUUGGCCAGCUCGCCAAGGCCGAGGGUUUGAGGGUCAUCGGUUCGGCCGGUAGUCAGGCAAAGGUAGACUACGUGGUCAACGACCUUGGCUUUGAUGCGGCAUUCAACUACAAGACGGAAGCGCCCGGCGCAGCCUUGCAGAGAUUGGCGCCCGACGGAAUCGACAUCUUCUGGGACGGUGUCGGCGGACCGCUGUUGGAUGCAGCCCUGGCGGCUAUGAAGGAGCGAGGCCGUGUCGUGUCGUGUGGGACGAUGGCGAUCUACCACGACAAGCCACAAGACAUGUACGGCAUCAAGAACUUUUGGCUGCUGCCCAACAGACAGAUCAAGAUGGAGGGCUUCAUCGUCGACUUGGCCAUGGACAAGUACGAGGCCAUGAUUGCCAAGGUGGCACCGUUGCUGGCAUCGGGGCAGUUCAAGGCUCUUCAAGACGUGACGGUCGGCAUAGAGAAUGCUCCGGAGGGUCUGGCGGCCAUCUUCAGCGGCAAGAACUUUGGAAAGGGGAUCCUCAAGGUUGCAGAUCUGGACAUCGAAUAA